GCCAUUGAGGAGGAAGGAGGAGAUCCUGAUGAAAUUCCUGUGGCCUCAGAGCUGACCACAAAGAGAAUGCCAAAAAGAACUAGCAAAGGAAGAAAGCCAGAAGAAGAAGGUGUGGAAGACAAUGGUCUAGAAGAAAACUCCAGAGAUGGGCAGGAGGAUAUUGAAGCAAAUCUGGACACCUUGCAGGACAUUGACAUGAUGGAUAUCAGUGUGCUUGAUGAAGCUGAGAUAGAUAACAGCAGUGCUGUGGACUGUGGGGAAGAUUACAGUCCUGACAAUAUUCUUGAUUCCCUGUCUGAUAACAAAGAUAAUGUUGAAGCAGAAAUGAAAGAGCUUCCUGAUCAGCUAACAGAAAAUGAGGAAGAUUAUGAUGAGAUUGAAAACAAUUUAGAAGCCUCUUCAGAUUUAAUUGAAAUGAAGAAAAUGGAGAAGCUACACUUGGAGCCAGAAAAUGAGAAAAUACUCGACAUUUUGGGGGAAACUUGUAAAUCUGAGCUACUUAACGAAGAACAACCUCCCGAAGCGGAGCGGCCGCGUGCGCAGGAAGCCAGUAACGUGGGGCCAGGCAAGAGGCUGGCUGAGGAAGAGGACGCUCUCGCUGCCGCUCAGCUGGAGGAAGAUGCUUUAGCUUUGGACAGCAAAUCGGCCCAAGCUUUGGCAAGGAAGGAAGCAAAGCGUUUAGUGGUAGCAAAAGGGGAGACAAGUGAACAGAGCCCCGAGGAAGAGGCCCCGGACUCUGAAGGUGUAGUGGUAGAGACCCUAAGCGAUCAGAGUAGCAAACGCUCCCAAGGCCUGGAAGCCUCUAGUGGGGAGGCAGCGGAGAAAGGCGCAGGUGCCGAAGCCAGAGCUAGCAAAGAAGAUGGCAAGAGAGCAGAAGACAAAGCUAAUUCUGAGGAAUCUUCCCCUGCCACUAAAGAGUCCUCAGCCAGUGAGGGCGCUGAUCAGAAAAAGAGCCCUGUUGAGGAGGACAGAGAUACAAAGAUAAUCUCAAAAGAUGAGAAAGGUCGCAGUGCUGGCAGUUCUGGUAGAAACUUUUGGGUGAGUGGAUUGGCUUCCACCACCAGAGCUACAGAUCUGAAGAAUCUGUUUAGCAAAUAUGGCAAGGUGGUGGGGGCCAAGGUGGUGACCAACGCUCGCAGCCCCGGCGCUCGCUGCUACGGCUUUGUCACCAUGUCCACGGCUGAGGAGGCCACCAAGUGCAUCACCCACCUGCACAAGACAGAGCUGCAUGGCAAGAUCAUUUCUGUGGAAAAAGCAAAAAAUGAACCCGCUGGGAAGAAGACAAGUGAAAAAAAAGAGAGUGAAGCAAAGAGAGAAACAGUCAGUGAGAGACCUGGUGGUGCUAAAAGAGAUGAGAAAUCUGAUCAAAAAGAUGAUUCGAAAAAAACAGAAGAUAAAGAUGAAAAAGAAAAAAAAGAUAAAGAUGACCAGAAGUCUGGUUCAUCAGAUCAGUCUAAAACUAUUAAAUCAGGAAGUAAAGGAACAGAGAGAACAGUAGUCAUGGAUAAAUCCAAAGGAGAACCUGUUAUUAGUGUGAAAACCUCCACUACAUCAAAGGACAGAAGUGUGAAGAGCCAGGACCGGAAAUCAGAGAGCAGAGAGAGACAGGGGAUUGUUCCCUUUGACAAAAUCAAAGCCCAGAGGAAAAUGAGGGAGGCAGAGCAGCGCCGGAGGGAUGAUCCAUACUGGCCAGAGGCAAAACGAAUGGCCAUGAAUGACAGGUACCACUCCGACUUCAGCCGCCAGGAUCGCUUCCAUGACUUCGACCACAGGGACCGUGGCCGGUACCAGGAGCACUCAAUAGACAGGUUGGUGUUGUAAUCUUCGCUGCAGUGUUGUUCUUCCCUCUC